AGUCUUUUGCGCCAAGUGUAAGGAGCCUGUCCCGGUGGUGAAGAUGAGGGAGCACUGUGAGCAGAGGCACGCACAGGAAGUCCUGCUCACCACACAGCUGCACUGUGCCUCUCCAUUCUUUGAUGGAUGAAGGAAGUGAGCUGAUCCAGCCCCAAGACCAGAGCUUCUGGGCCGCUCUGCCUGAUGUGUGCCUGCGCCAUGUUUUCUGGUGGCUGGGGGACAGAGAUAGAUCCAGGGCAGCCCUGGUGUGCAAAAAGUGGAACCAGAUGAUGUAUUCAGCAGAUCUCUGGCGAUACAGGACCAUCACUUUCAGCGGGAGGCCGUCCAGGGUGCACGCAUCAGAAUUCAAGUCAGCUCUUUGGUAUGUUAAGAAAUUUGGUCGUUAUUUGGAAUGUCUAGAGAUCAAAUUCCUGAAUCCUUACAAUGCUGUCUUGACCAAGAAGUUCCAGAUCACCAUGAGAGGUCUUCUCUCAUCCCUGGGCAGAAGUAACAACCGUCUGAAGAAGCUUUCCAUCCAGCACCUGGAACUAGAUCGCCUGGUCUGGAGGAACAGUAUCAGGAACUCGCUCAUCAAAAGCUUGAGCUUCUUCUUAAAGAAAAUGGGCAAGUACCUGGUCUCCCUCAGCCUGAAAGGGGCCAGGCUGACUGUGGAGCAGGGCUGCCAGGUACUGAACUCCCUGAGCUACCUACGGAAUGAGAGCACUGCCUCGGACCUUAACAUUGAAGAUUAUUUCAGCCAUCACCUGACUGUCUACAGCAGCCCCCAGUUCAACAAGACCAUGGCCACAUUCCACAACCUGGCAUUCCUGACACUCAACUACAACUGUAUUUCUGAUGAGCUGCUCGAGAACUUGGCCGAUAACAAUGCCAGUACCCUCCGGACCAUGAAUAUCAAAUGUCACAUUCAUGACCCCCAUGGCCAAGUCAUCUGGGGCAUGUCCUGGGCCAAGCUGGCCAGGCAAGCCAGCAACCUGAAGGUGAACUUCUUCUUCGAGCGUGUCAUGAAAUACGAGCGCCUGGUCCGCAUCCUCCUGCAGGAGAUCCCCAUCAGGAGCAUAAGCCUGAGAAGCUGCUAUUUCAGUGACCCUGACUGGUCCAUGCGGCCCACUCUGACAGACCUCCUGCCUACUUUCCGGCACACUCUGCAGAAAUUAACUUUUGAAUUCAACAACAACCAUGAGUCGCUCGAUGAAGAGCUGCACCUCCUCAUCCUCUCCUGCAGGAGGCUAUUUUACUUCAAAAUCUGGGCUUUCCUUGAUGUUAAAUUUGUGGAGCGGAUCCUGAAGAGCCAGGAGGAGGGGCAGUGUGCCCUGCGCACAUUCAAGGUAAGAAUUUAUACAAACAGAUAUGAGACUAAUGAAGAGGACAGGACCUUGCGGGAAAUUCACCGGAAGUACAGAGAUCUCAUUGAUUCAGGGAUUAACUAUUUUGUCAUCACUUACCCCAUGUUAUAAUGAGCCUCUUCAGAAGAAGGAAGCUAGGAGCACUUUGAACUUGAAAAUCCACUUCUCAAAGAACUACACUUGGGGCACCUCCACCCCACCCUUUUUUCUUCUUUCUCCUUUUUGCCUAUUUUAUACCAACAUGAACAGCUGGGCAAAGGCUGGGACUACUGGCUAUGUGAAGGCCCCUGAUGACUUUAAAGUGCUGUCUUUACCAUCUAUCUAGGGGUGAUUUCUCCUUUUGUUGUUUGGUUUUGCUUUUUUGAUGCCCAUGUUUAGCCACUAGACAAAAUACCCAAAGCUGCUCAAAAUAGUUUCCUACUAGGGGAGCCUGACUCUUAGUCACCUAUGCUCCUGAAAAGGUGUGUGACCAGCAGUGAGUAAACAAUCUACUGACCAACGUCCCCCGUUUAGAAAUCCUUACAUCUGGGCUAACCUUCACGUAAAAACCUUCUGACACUGACAAUGGCUGGGCCUGAUUGUCCUUGGCUGAAGCAGGAAAAUCUCUACUUUCAAAAGGAGCCUGCUCAGAGCUGGAACGCUCCCACUUGGAAGGAACUCAGACCUUGAUUCAUCAGCCUUGGGGACUUAGACCUCCUUUGGCUUUGCUGUGUCUCCUUCAGUUUCCCAUCCAGGUCACAAGGUACACAGCCUGUUAACAAACAGUCCUCAGGUAUGGGGAGGAAACGAAGUGGUCAUCACACUCACAUUCAUGAAGAACUUGUCAUGCCAUGGGCAAAUGUUUCUAAGACAAAGUUCAGUAAAAAAGCAGAACAUAAAACCAUUUAAUAUGACAUCAAUCAUGUAAAACAUAUCUAA